GAUACUCCUGAAAUAUCAAGAAAAAGAGUUGGAAGUGCCUAUUUCACAUAACGGCAUCGAAGGAUUAGCACGUCCAGAUAAGGUAGAGGCAAAUGAUUAUGAGAGCGGAGAUGUCUUCGACAAGUGGGAGUACGAGAGUGAAGAAGGGUUAGAGGAAGAAGGUAAUUAUACAGAGGAGCAAUCGGAGGGAGAAGAGGCAACCCUCGAAGAAAUUUUGAGUCCCGCUAUCUACCUGACUGCCUUGGAAGAAACGAACUAUUCACUAGAGAACUGGACGAACUUACUCAAACCAACGUGA